CCGCGUCGUUUGACGGCCGGAGGCAACCGAGAAGGAGGAGGGAGCAGCUGUGGCGGCUGCCGCGGCGCCUGUGACGGGGGCUGGGGUGGGCGCCGCGGUCCGGGCCCGGGAGUGAGGCGCGGGCGGCCGGGCCGGUGGGCUGGGCGGCGGGCCCGGCGGCCGCCCCCGCGCCGCGCCCGCGCCUGGCGGCCCGAUGUGGCUGCAGCAGCGGCUUAAGGGGCUGCCGGGACUGCUGUCGAGCAGCUGGGCCCGCCGCCUACUCUGCCUGCUCGGCCUCCUGGUGCUGCUUCUGUGGUUCGCGGGCUCCGGGGCGCGGCGGGCGGCGGGCGGUCUGCAGCUGUUGCCCUGGCCCCGCGGCGAGCCGGGCGCCGCCGAGCCCUCUGCCUGUCUGGAGGCAGCCACCCGCGCGUGGCGCGGCCUGCGGGAGCGGGGCGAGGCUGUACCACUGGGCCCCGGAGUGCCGGCCCUGGUGGCCAACGGCUUCCUGGCCCUGGACGUGGUCGCCAACCGGCUGUGGGUGACCCCUGGGGAGCGGGAGCCCGCCGUGGCGCCGGACUUCGUGCCCUUCGUGCAGCUGCGCCCGCUGAGCGCGCUCUCUGAAGCUGGAGAGUCAGUGUUGCUGCUGCGGGAAGGGCUGCUGCGGCGGGUGCGCUGCCUGCAGCUCGGGACUCCGGGUCCCGGCCCUGCGGCCGCCGGCCCGGGCCCCGCCUCGGCCUCCGGCCUCGUCACGGGAUCCGGCCGAGACUGCGUGCUGCUGCAAGAGGACUUUCUUGCGCACCGGGGCCGACCCCACGUCUAUUUGCAGCGCAUCCAGCUCAACAACCCCACGGAACGCGUGGCCGCGCUGCAGACUGUCGGGCCCACUGCUGGCCCGGUCCCCAAGGCCUUCACCAGCACUCUGGAGAAGGUCGGAGACCAUCAGUUCCUCCUCUACUCGGGCCGGUCCCCGCCUUUUCCCACGGGGCUGGUGCACCUGCUGGUGGUGGCCGCCAAGAAGUUAGUGAACCGUCUCCAAGUGGCUCCCAAGACGCAACUGGACGAGACUGUGCUGUGGGUGGUGCACGUCUCCGGCCCUCUUAACCCCCAGGUGCUCAAAAGCAAAGCAGGCAAGGAGCUCAAGGUGCUCCAGGACUUGGCACGGAAGGAAAUGCUGGAGCUCUUGGAGAUGCCGGCGGCGGAGCUGCUUCAGGACCACCAGCGCCUCUGGGCCCAGCUCUUCAGCCCAGGUGUGGAAAUGAAGAAGAUCACCGAUGCUCACACUCCAUCAGGCCUGACCGUGAACCUGACGCUGUACUACAUGCUUUCCUGCUCCCCCGCGCCACUGCUCAGCCCCGACCUGAGCCACAGGGAGCGAGACCAGAUGGAGUCGACACUCAACUAUGAAGAUCACUGCUUCAGCGGCCACGCCACCAUGCACGCUGGGAACCUCUGGCCGGGCCGCCUGUCCUCCAUCCAGCAGAUCCUGCAGCUCUGGGACCUGUGGAGGCUGACCCUGCAGAAGCGCGGCUGCAAGGGGCUGGUGCGGGCGGGCGCCCCGGGCAUCCUGCAGGGCAUGGUGCUCAGCUUCGGCGGCCUGCAGUUCACCGAGAACCACCUCCAGUUCCAGGCUGACCCCGACGUGCUGCACAACAGCUACGCCCUGCAUGGCAUCCGCUACAAGAAUGACCACAUCAACCUGGCUGUGCUCGCGGACCCCGAGGGCAAGCCGUACCUGCACGUGUCUGUGGAGUCCCGCGGCCAGCUCGUCAAGAUCUACGCCUGCGAAGCGGGCUGCCUGGACGAGCCUGUGGAGCUGACCUCGGCGCCCCAGGGCCACACCUUCUCGGUCAUGGUGACGCAGCCCAUCACGCCGCUGCUCUACAUCUCCACUGACCUCACGCACCUGCAGGACCUGCGGCACACGCUGCAUCUCAAGGCCAUCCUGGCCCACGACGAGCACAUGGCCCAGCAGGACCCCGGGCUGCCCUUCCUCUUCUGGUUCAGCGUGGCCUCCCUCAUCACCCUCUUCCACCUCUUCCUAUUCAAGCUCAUCUACAACGAGUACUGUGGGCCUGGCGCCAAACCCCUCUUCAGGAGUAAGGAAGAUCCCAGUGUCUGAGUGGCAUCAGUCCUGCUUUCAGUCGCCACUUGCACAAGACACCCAGCACUGAAAGUCCUGCUGCUGCGAACAAGGGAUCCUUUGAAAGCACCCAGCCUUUUGUGCCUUGUUGGGGGACACCAGUGACUCGGAAGUGCGCGUGGAUGUUCAGGAGUUUGCAUCAGGGAGCGGGAGGGGCGGGGCUGGUGGACCUUUUGUAAGCUUUCGACUCAAUAAAGUGAACCUAUAUGGAAAAUA